AUGGGUAAAUCAUCCAAAGAUAAAAGAGACGUCUACUACCGCCUUGCUAAAGAAGAAGGCUGGCGUGCAAGAAGUGCUUUCAAACUGUUACAAUUAGACGAAGAAUUUAACUUUUUACAAGGUGUUCAAAAGGCAGUUGAUCUUUGUGCUGCACCUGGUAGUUGGUCUCAAGUUCUCUCUAAACGCUUAAACGAAAACCAUCCACCCGAUCAACCUGAACCUAAAAUUGUAGCUGUUGAUUUACAAGCCAUGGCUCCCUUGGAAGGUGUCAUUCAACUUCAAGGGGAUAUUACCAAGAAAUCUACAGCAGAAAAGAUUAUCUCUUACUUUGAUGGUGGUAUGGCUGAUUUGGUGAUCUGUGAUGGUGCUCCUGAUGUUACGGGUCUUCAUGAUAUGGAUGAAUACAUUCAAGCACAAUUGUUGUUGGCUGCACUUAACAUUACUACACAUGUAUUGCGUCCUGGUGGUACAUUUGUAGCCAAAAUCUUUCGAGGCAAAGACAUUACGUUACUCUAUAGUCAACUCAAGAUUUUCUUUCCUGUUGUGACAUGCAGUAAACCCAGAAGUUCUCGUAACUCAAGUAUAGAGUCAUUUAUUGUCUGUCAAAACUAUCAGCCACCCGCCAACUAUACGCCUACCAUGGCCAAUCCUCUUUUAGAUCUUCAGUAUGAUGCCAUGAAUGAACUAGUGGGACCCAAUCGAACCAUUGUUCCCUUUAUUGCCUGUGGUGAUCUUCAUGGCUAUGAUGCAGACAGAACCUAUCCUCUGCAAGAAUCCUAUAAGCAACUCAACCCUUUACAGCCACCCAUUACAGCACCUUACAAGACAGCAAUGGAGUUAAAGAGAAACAACUUUUAUAAUAAAUAA